GUAUACCCGCUUCAAACCAUCGUACUUGUCUUCUAUUUCUUGUGUUUAUCAACAAUGUUUCUCAUACGGCCAAUUGUUAGCGCCAUUACAGAUGUACGUGGAAAAGCGCCCAUUUAUGCGGCCCUUUAUUUCCUGCCGCUUUUGACAUCGAUACACGCGCUUGCUUGCGGGCUUAUUUAUUGGUUUUUUCCAUAUUUGAGUAUUGGAAUCUCUAUGAUAACAAAUGCGAUACAUUAUUCGGUCAAGUUAGACCAGUCCUUUAAGGCCUUGAUACGCUCGUCGUUACUAGAAGUAAAAAAUUUUGUUAUCAUUUCUGUACAUUGGCUUUUGCUGGCCUAUGGAAUCAUCGCUUUGGGCCAUCACUAUGCGUUUUUGUGCCUCAUACCAUUCCCUUCGAUUUUUUAUAUUCUCACUGUGCGGUUUACGGAUCCAGCUGAGUUCCGUGAGGUGGAAGUGCGACAAAAUUAGUUUAUAUUUAGCAAUAUUUCUCUUAAUAUUUGUCCAAGUUAUGUGGCAAUUUAUACAUUUAUGUAUUUAAAAGUUAAAUGUUAAAUAGUUUGUAUAAAAAUAGCGUAAAGUAUUUCAAAGUUUCUCGACUUCGAUUUUUUUCUCAACUUCCUCUUCCUUUGAUUUCUAUCUCAUCUGAGGCACCCUGUACCAGAGCAAAUUCUCCAUGUAACAAAUUUGUCGUAUAUUUGGUAUACCAUUAAUAUAAUUUUAUACAUAAUCACAUUUUUAAAAACGGUUCAAAGUAAUAAAAAGUUUAAUGGAUAAUA